AUACAGACGUUACUUCAAAAACGAAAAUGAUUACGUCCUACGCGUUUGAAAAAUCAUAAUUAGUCCUAUUAGUUGUGUUUCACAUGAUCUAUAUUUCCUAAAGCCAUGUUGGUAUGGAGUAAGGACAUUAUGUUUGUCUAAGUGGUUUAUGAUGUUACUACAUAUUAUGUGUUCUAGGAUUUUGCAUGUGAUGCUGGUAAGUGAUACUGGUCUGUAAUUUCCUGGGUCUGAUUUUUCUCCUUUUUUAAAUAGAGAGGUGACAUUAUCUUCUUUCCAGUCCCUUGGAACUCUGUCCUGGUUAAGAGAUGCCUGAAAAAGUAUUUUGAACACUGGUGCUAGCUCAUUGCUUAGUUCAUUGAGUAGUCUAGCUGGAAUACCAUCAGGUCCAGAUGCUUUACUUGGUUUUAUGUUGGCUAACAGUUUUUUGAUUCCCUUUUCUUGUACUUCUUUAUCUCCUAUGUUGUCUACUUGGUUCAAAUUUAGUAAUAUGUCUUUGUCUCCUGGGACUGAGAAUGUGGAUGCAAAGUAUUUAUUUAGGAUGUUAGCUUUAGUUUCAUUAUCAUUAUGUGUUAAGAUAUCUUCUCCUUUUAAAGGUGCUAUGCUUGUUGUUUUCAUUUUCUUAGACUUAAUGUAUGACCAAAGGUUUUUUUAAAGCUUAUAUCAACUCACUCUCUCUGGAACAAAUCUUGUAUACGUUAUUUCACCCACUUCCCAUUCUCGGAUCAAGUUGAAACUUUGCAGAAUUAUUUAUUGUCCCUAACAAGACAUUGAUCAAUUUAAAAAAACAAGCAAAGUAUAAAAAAAAAUUCCUUUAAAAAAAAAAAAAAGAAAAAAAAAUCGCUUACAAAUCUCUUAGUAAUAUAGAAGUUGUUUCCCUUAUUUGAAAUCAAAUAUAAAUUAAUUACCAAUAAUCUUUUGACUAAUUAAUUAAUCUUUUAACUGAUUUAUGUUUUGUACAAUUACGUGAUCGAGUCAACAUAAGUGACAUAAUUACACUUACUAUAAGUUAUUUUUUAAAACUAAAAAUAGAUCUAUAUUUUUUUAUAUUUUAACUUACACACUUUCUCUGAUAUCAUGUACAAUAUUGCCAUGAAAUAUGUUCUGAAAAUCUCUGUUUAUUCCUUGUGAAGAACAAUGUAGUAUGGUUGUAUGUUACUAACCAUCAGAGCCUUCUCAAAAGUAUAGAAACGUAUGUAAAUAGUACUGCAACUCUAACAUAGAAUACGUGAGUCAAUGUGUCUGCCUUUAUUGUUAGGUGUUCAUUUGUCCAAGUGAUUCUGUCUUAGAAAUAACUAAAAAUUUUAAUUCCAGCAAUUUGUUUUCCCCAGGGGCGCCAUAUGUCCUCCCUAAGGAGUUGGUCUUAGCGCUGUCUCAAGCAGUUCCACUACAUCGUGUGUGUGUGUGUGUGUGUUGUUUAAUUCUCUCUGUGUGGCUGCACGUCUCUAAAGCUUUCAUCUAAUGUUUGUUUCUUUCUGACUCCAUUCCACUGUCUGGGGGCUAAUGUGUAAUGUACUCUCUCUGUAAUUGGAUAAAAGUCUAUGGUCUUCUAGUACUGAUAGAGUGGUAGAAGGCACUUCUAGACACUAAUUCUAGCUCUUUCGCUGAUCUUGGUUCCCCCUGUGGCCCAUCUCCCGGGAUGACAUUUUUUUUUUCUCAAGUGUAUGCUGUGGUUUGAAACCUUUUUACUGUCUCUGCUAUGUGUCUCACUGAAAUGAUACUUACAACCCGCGCACGUCUCUGUAGAUAUUGAUAGUUAUGUAGUUCAUAGUUUCUGAUAGUCUUUCUGAAAGUAUUGAAACCGGCCUUUUUACCUGCCUGAGCGGGCCACUUCGCGGAGCGAUUUUGGAUUUGCGUUUCUACACAAGCUGUCAUUGUAACCUUGUUAAAUACUGAACCAGUUAUAUUGAGUCUUAAAUGUGCAUGCUCAGUAUUUAAAAAUAACUCAAAUCUUACAAAUACAAUGGUAAAAUAUAUCAACAUUUCGAUCCUACACAGUAAGGCCACUUUUCUUUUAUUGAUACGAUCUCGUGUCAUGAAGUCUUGACCUUUGACAUCUAGCACUGUUAGUGAGUUGGUCGAGACCAUUUGAAUUACACUACACACUACUAACAACUAUUAGGAUCAACUAGUAUUUGUUAGUUGUAUAGGGUUAUGUGUUAUUUAGGUAACACUAUAUGACGUACUAUUUAGAACAGCUACGAGAUCAUGUUUAUUUAUUUAAUAUAAAGAACAUUGUAAUUAGGAUGACCACUUGCUGACUCAAGUGAACGUCAGUUUUGAUUGAACAAGUGACAUGUUCGAGUGUUUCCCUUUGAAACAACCAGACCUCUGUGUUUGAAUGUUUUCAGCUCAUUUCUGACUGGAGUAUGUUUGGAUCUCUAAGGGAAAUAUUUAUAAACACCAGACUCUUCACUUGAGCGAGUGGACACAGAGAGGCGGGGUAGCCUCCCCCUAGUGUCACCUUACAAUGGCAGCACCGAGUCAGUGUCCACCACCUCAAAGUUGGCGAACUUGUUUACUAAAAAAGGAUUUAAGAAUAAUUUGAAAAGAACCAAAAGCGCCACAAAACUCGACAGAAAGCGGUCCAGUCCAAACCUGUCGGAGAAUGACACCACCUCCCUGAUGGGCACACUGAGGAGGACCAUGAGCCUGGGCCGGCUCAGCAAGAGAAAGGGUAAAAGUAACAGAGAGUUGGCAGGAGGAGGCGGCACCCCUCCGUCGGCCUCCCAGUCCAGACAGAUCACUCCGCAUGCCUCCCCAGCAUUGUUCUGCCCAUGUUUUUAUUCUUCGGAUGACCAACUGUCCACUUGGUCUCUCAUCAAUGCUAAGCUCCGGAGCUCAAGGUCACACGAGUCCCUGCUAGCCACACCUCCCAGCAUGCACUCCUUCGACCUGAGGGACCCCGAUGUGGAGGUUAAGCCGCUCCACAGUAGCGUGCUGGGUCAAGGUCAGUGCUUCAAGGUGGCCACUUCACAGGGCAGCAAGUACAUCUCUUGCACCACCGCAGAGGAGAGAGACAGAUGGCUGUCCAGUUUAAGAAGAGCUCAUCGUCCCCACGAAGAACAUCUAAGACGAACAGACAGCUCACUCAAACUGUGGAUACUAGAGGCUAAGAAUGUGGCGCCUAAGAAAAGAUAUUUCUGUGAAAUUUUACUGGACCGGGAACUGUACGCUGUGACUUCUAUCAAAACUAUGACUGAGAUGUUGUUCUGGGGGGAACACUUUGAGUUCAAGAACCUACCAGCUGUAGAAACUAUCACCAUCAACCUGUACAGAGAUGCUGACAAGAAGAAAAAGAAAGACAAAACCACACUUGUUGGUUACAUCAAUCUGUGUCUGUCUGAAAUCAACAACAGACAAGUUAUCGAGAAGUGGAUUACCUGCAGCUCUGGAACUGUGGGUAAAGCUGGUAAAGAAACCAAGAGUGAGCUCCCCAUUAUUAGAAUCAAAGCCAGGAAACAAACUGUUGACAUAUUACCUCUUGAUGCAUACCAGUCUUUCAUUAAGUACCUAAGCACAGACUACAAGAAAUUGUGCCAGAUGUUUGAGCCACUGCUGAGUGUCAGAGAGAAGGAAGACUUUGCCACUAGCCUGGUGCACAUCUUACAGAAACAAAGUAAAGCCUGUGAGUUCCUGUCGGAUAUUGUCAUGGAGGAAAUCUCCCGACUGGAUGAUGAGCACUUGACCUUCAGAGGAAACAGCAUUGCAACCAAAGCAAUGGAAGCCUACAUGAAACUCGUUGGAGAAAAAUAUCUUCAAGACACUCUAGGUGGAUUUGUAAAAGAACUGAUACAGACCACUGAUGAUUGUGAGGUAGACCCCACAAAAGUGCCAUCUCAGCCUCUCUUGACUUGUCAACAAAAAAAUCUGGACAUGUACUGCAAUCUGGUGUGGGCCAAAGUCAUUGAUUCUGCUAUACGUUUUCCUUAUGAAAUGAGACAAGUGUUUGCCAAUCUGCGUGAGAAAUGUAAAGCCCGAGGUAAAGAAGACUACAGUGACAAUCUGAUCAGUGGAUGCAUAUUUCUACGUUUCCUUUGCCCUGCCAUAUUGUCUCCUAGUCUGUUUAAUUUGACUCAAGAGUAUCCCAAUGAAAGAGCUUCCAGGAAUCUAACGCUGAUUGCCAAAACUAUACAGACCCUUGCCAAUUUUACACAGUUUGGUGGCAAGGAAGAGUUUAUGAUCUUCAUGAACAGCUUUGUGGAAAGGGAGGCCAGCAACAUGAAGACUUUCUUACACAAAAUAUCUAGUGAUGAAGGUAGCAACCAGUUCCUUGAAUUUGAUGGUUACAUCGACCUUGGCAAAGAGUUGUCUGUUCUUCAUUGUUUAUUGUCAGAAUAUAUGGAGAAACAUUCCCAGACUUCUGGCAAACAGUUUGAGGAGCUAAACCAGUUGAUCAACAAUCUGACAAGUGCUUAUGAUGACCCCACUGUUGGUCAGAAGAAAACUCCUCCUGAGCCUCGCAAUAGGAAGUCUCAGAUCUACGACAACUUGGUCCACAUCCCCAGUCCAACCAAAAAUACAUCCCAGACAUCCAACACGCCUCGCUCCAAAAACAUGGUAUCUUCUUCCUCUACGGAGAUCCUGAUAGAAAUUCUGCAGCAGUGUGGGGAGUCCAGCGAAGACAUAGCUGCCCUGACCAGCAGGAUCAAGCCCUCGGAUGAUGGAGCGGAGGUAACUGCCUCGUCUUUUAAACACUCCACAUCACACACCGUGGUUAAGUCUAAACGUGAGGCAGAACACAAAAGCUAUAGCGAGCGUAGACUGAAUGAGACUUGGAGUCGGAUGGUCCAUGCGGCCGAUAGCGGUGAGAUGUUUGAUCUGAUUCCAUUCAUGGAUGAAGACAUGCAGAACUCCUCCGCAGAACUGGAGUUGAAUGCACAUGGUAGCCAGGUGUCUAUUGGUCCAGUGUCCACUGUAACAUCCUCUGGCUAUCAAUCUAAUUCCCCAACUGACAUGUCCAGCCACCAACAGGUUAUUGAGCUGACCAGAGAAGUAACCAGAUCUCCAGUCAUCCAUUAUCCUGUUGCUACACCCCCACAACCACUUGCCUUUGCCAAUCCACUCUUCAGACAUCAGCAGCAGCCUCGGACAGGAGGGAAAGUAAUGUCUUCUGCUGUGGCUACUCAUCAUGGCAUGACCCUGGCACAGACAGUGCAGAGGGUUUCCAGUGACUCCUCACUCAGCAGCGAUGAUGGUCAGCCAGAAACCGACGGCAAGCCAUCCUAUGUGAAAACAUCAGACUACAGCUCCAACAUUGCACCACUUAAAAAACUUUCUCAGCUGUCUAGCUCCAGCAGUGAUGAAAGUCUGAGUGGUCAGCAGCUGACCAGCACUUCAAACUUUGUACAUUCGACAUCUACCAACUUUGUCUCUCCUUCUACAAAAGUGUCGUCUGUCAUGUCUUCCUUAAAUGCCAGCACUAUGAAUGGAUGUAGUACAUUUCCACGACGAUACCACCACAAUAGGCAGCAGGACCACUCUACAGCUGCGGCUGGAGACAUCAAUCCACCUGCCCUGCCAAAAGAGGCGCAAGACAAAUGGGAGACUUCCUCUUCCAGCAGAGUCCCACUCUAUCAAAGACAGUUUUCCAACCCUGCUUCAGCUGCCCAUACUGUUAAGCAGCCAACAAGACCUUAUCAGAACAGGGCUGGACUAACCACAAACCCUGCUGGACAUGUGCAACAGAGAAAUAUUUCUGGCAAGGGUAUAGCUGGAUUUAUGGGGACAAGCCUGGAUGCUCAAAGCCCCCAAAGUAAUUUAACCACAUCUAGUCCUUCUGUACCACCAAGAAGUAUAAAUAGUGGUAAGAAAACUAAUGACCUCAUUAGCCCUGCGGGUCAUCGCCAGCCGUCUGGAAUAUCAAGCCCAGCGUCUUACAGGAGUAAUGGCAAUGUCAACAUGAAUUCUAAUGCCUUCUCCUCUCCGAAAUCCUUAAACUCUCAUGUGAUCUCUCACAGGCCACCAGCAUCUGCUAUGGCUACAUCCACUGGGUGGCAAAUGGCCCAUCAGGUAGAGCGCUCCAGUUCCUCUCAGGAAAACAGCAGUAGCAGCAGUGACUCAUCUCCACAGAGCCUUGUAAGGUCCACCCAACACCAGGUGGGAGGCAUGCAUGAGUCCAGUAGCGCUCACAGCAUCAGCUCUGCCCCCUCCUUGUCUCAGCCCUGGAGCUACACACCCACCCACAGUGACUCCAACAGCUCUUUGAGUAGCCUGACUAAAGUGGGGAGCCAGGCUCCAGCCAGGAGUGACUCCAGUAGCUCCGUUGGAGGGAUGAACAUGUCUCACAGAAUCUCACAGACACCCAGUGAUUCAAAUAGUUCUGUCAGCAGUGGUAACAAUAACAGUAUGAGUUUUUCCAGCUCUAAGCUGGACAACAGGGGUCAGUAUUUGUCCAGCUCAAACCCUUUUAACUCCAGACUCUCCAGUAUUAGUGACAGCCAGAUACACACCAGUUCUCUUCAGUCUACCCCUCUGCCACAACCCCCUGCAUUUCUGACCUCUAAAUACUCAGUCGUCCAUCCUGCUAGCCCCAGGACAGAGAGAUCAGCCUCGUACCACUCCAACACUGACUCUUCCAGCUCUGGUUCUAGUUCUAGAUCUGCGUACAUGGUGUCGCGAAGCAUGGAUCUGGGCUACCUAAGCAAGCAAGGGGAAUCUCUGAAAAGAGCCUCUACAGAUUCCACCUUAAACCAGCCCCCCAACAAUCUUUCCCCUACCAGUUCUGGUCAGUCCAGGUCACUGUCUAGGGAGGACAGUGCCCAGUCUGUGUCAUCCAGUGCCAGUACAACAGCUAAUCGCAGACUUUCUCCUCAAUCCACUGUGCACAUGGGCAUCAGUUCAGUUCAAAGAAAACUGCAAGAACAAGAAAGAACCAAACAAGAAUAUGAACAAGAGGUUCAUGUUCUCCGCCAACAACUCCUGGAGGCUCAAGAAAGACUGCAACAAGCUGAGAUGAGACUCCUGGAACAUGAAGUAGAGACUCACAAUCUGAUGGGAGAAUGGCAAAGUAGACUGGUGGAGUCAGAGGAGAAAAUGAGGCGACAACAGGCAGAGAAAGAUGAACAAAUGAAAGCUAUUAUAGGCAGACUUCAGGUGAUUGAGGAAGAACUCAAGAAAGAACAAGCUGAUAUGGCCAGUGCAGUGGAGCACAAGCAACAAGUGAUAGAGGUCCAGGAACACAGGAUACGUAAACUGGAUGAGGCCAACAGUAAACUUCUUCUGUCUCUUGCAGACCUCAAGGCCAGGGCGGCCAGAGCUGCAGCAUUGGAAGAACGAGAUGAGAAUAGUAACUCCUCCCCUGCUACUUUGUGCAAUGGAGAUGUUCAGGAAAUAGCAGGAUUCAAAACUAGUUCUUGUUAAGUGUUUUCCUAAGGCUUGCAUCAGCACUUGAGUUUGUCCAGGACCAGUUAAUAUCACUAGUUACAUUUGACCAGACUGGGCUAGACUGCACACAACAUUUCUAUGUCAAAGACACAUGCUUGACUUGAAGCAGCUGGAUAUAUCAACUCAGUGAUUGUCUCAAGUUUUAUCAUUUUUUCAAUUGGAUUAUCUGGUGCAUUGUUUAUAUUGACUACAUAAUGGGAGUUAUUGUCAAAGAAAACUGCUACAUUCUUGUAUUAUAUAUAUAUAUAUAUUUAUAAAUAGAUCUAAGUUAAUGACUACUUAACAUGCGGUUGGUCUUAAACAGUGUACAGUAUUUAUAGAACAGUGGGCUGACUUGAAGCUGUAGUGACACUGAAACAAUGAUGAAUGUAUAUUUCUGUUAAAAAAACAUUUUUUUGUUGGCCAUGUUUCAAGUUGUUACAUAGUCUUGUACUAACAAUACAGGGAAAACAGGCUUGUUUUAGGGUGUGGAGCCUGUCUUGUUAGCAUAUCCUCCUGUAGCAUUACUGUUAGUGUCACACAAAUGAAUGUUUCAUUCAACAAGUGAAAAUGUACUGCUAAUUAACAAUUGGCUUCGGUUCUAAAUGUGUGUCAAAUGUUAUGAAACCAAACAAACGACCAUCAGUUUCUGAUGAUAAUGUUUUUAGAGAUGAUUUGUUUUGAUGUUGUAAUUGUGUGCUUUCAAAUAGUUGAUGUCUGAUUCAGGGCCAGCCAUAGCAGCGAAUUGAUGUCUGAUUCAGGGCCAGCCAUAGCAGCGGAGUUCUCCAUGUUCUAGUAUCAGCUUUUACUUACACUGAGAGAGACUCAAAAGUUAUUUCAAAAACUGUGUCUAGUGUUUUAUCCCCAGUCUCAAGGUUGUUUUUUUUCUUUAAAUCCAACUCACACUGCGACUGAAGUGAAAGUUUCCCAGAGUCUUAGUUCAGGAUUCUUAAAGACUGGAAGCUAACAAAUAAAAAAACUCAAACUAUUGAAUUCUGUAAAGAAAUGUCCUUAGUGCUCUUUUAUUCCCUGAUUCUAGUAAUUCUGUUUCUCAAGAUACAUAGAACAAAAUGUAUUUGCUUUUAUUGGUUUGAUUUUUUAAAUCAAACUUUCAGUUUGCCAUUGAACUCAAAAAUUGUUGGAUCUGAAAUUGAAUUGCUUUAGAUGUUGGAGAAAUUCUUCCAUUGAAGGGAAACAAAUCUGUUGAUCACUUCAGAAACUGUCCAAUUCAAAGGUUUGUCCUCACUCUCUAAAGUUUUGUACUUAAUGUUUUUGUACUGUCACUAAUUCCACACAGAAAAUAUUCUGAUCAGUUUACUCUGUAUUUCUUUUCAUUUCUGAAAUCAGCCUUGACAUUGCAACACAGUUGGGACUUUCAUAUCACAACAUUGUCAUGUAGAACAUCAGGGAGGAUGUAAUGAGGGAUGAUGUGAUGGUGUAAUGUGUAAUGAUGUACUGUCUCAUGUGCUACAGAUCUGCCAGUGUUACAUCCUUACCCUUCCCUUUUCAUAACCCUUUUUCCUUUUUUUUUUUAUGUUAUGACACUUUGUCAAAAAAUUCAAUAAAGAGCAUUGAAAAAAAAAUUGUCUGUUGUGGUCUUCCUCUUUUACAGUGGUGCAUCACACACAUAUAGUUUCAUUCUUGUAUAAUCCUUAAACCUCUUGCAGUUAAAGGCUCAUUUUUUCUUUCAUUUUAUCUAUUUCAUUUGCUGACUUCUUUUUAUUGUAUAGUAGCAAGCUGGGUUUCAUAAGACUUGAACCUGUCUGGCAAAUCUUAUUUUGUUAACAUGUCCACUCUCCUAUCUCCUCAGUUGGGCAGACAACUGUUGAAUUGUAUUUAGAUGUUUGUAAAAGGAAGGGUUUACUUCAUGAAUUGAACACAAAAAUAAAGUUUCACAAAAUGUUUGCAGACGCUGUGUAACAUGUAGUCCAGUCAAACUUGUCUCAUGUCAUAUUGACCUCACUGGCAUUGAGUCUUGAACGGGUUGGAUUUUUAAUGGGCUUAAAAUACAACAUUUUAGAUUGAUUUAUAAACAAAUAAUUAGUCAAAACUUUUUUAAGAUUAUCUGUAGACAUGAAGUGAGCAGCUCUGUGGUUUGUUCAUUUUUAACAAUGAGCCUUUUAAUGAGUUCUCUUAACAAUAAUACAUGAACACACACACACACAUUCUGUUGUGUCUAUUGAAUGAACCUGUCCCUAAUACCAUGUUUAGCCAUGCUAAAAGAUUUCCAAAAGUGGUGCCCGGUACUGAUACUUAAUUUGAUGCUAUUUCACUGUUAACUUGUGUCAAGGGGGUGUGUCUCUUUAGAUAAGUAUCACUGUUGGGACAUUGGCUUUUUUCUACAUAAAACCAAAACUUGUAUAUUGGUGUCCAUGUUUCUAUUCAACACAAUAAAGGUGGACAUGAUGAGCCUCUUUCCCAAUGAACAUGUUUUGGUAAGUCCAUAGACUUUUGAACAUAAUUUGUUAGCUUCACUCUUCUGAUCUGUUCUGUGCCAGGCUCAGUGACACCACAAUGUUGACUUCAAUGUCUCCAGUCUUCUGAGAUGAAUGUUGAUUUAUUCAUAUAUUUUGUGUAGACCUUCUCUGCUAGUGCAUAAUUUAGAUAUCAGUAUUGUCCAACCAAGUUCUGGAUGUCAUGACAUUUCUCUUCCAUCCUGUACAUUCAUGUUUCUGCCAAUGUAAGUUGUCACUGCUCUUUCAGUUCUUGUGUUCAGUUUGUGUCAGUCAGUGCUACAUCCUUGAUGUCACUGACAUGUAUGAUAGAUAUUUGAACUGGGUAUGAAGGUGUUGAUUGAUUGGAGAGUGAUGGUAUAGCUACCCAACUCUUGUAAGAAGGUGUUGAUUGAUUGGUGCUUAUCAACUUUUUAUGACAACUAAAUUGUAAUGGUCUUUAAUCUGGCAGUUACCUCCCCUAGGCUGUUCAAGUUGACAUUGGGAAGGCUCACUCCUGUAAGAGGUCAUUCUCACUCCUGUAAGAGGUCACUCUCACUCCUGUAAGAGGUCAUUCUCACUCCUGUAAGAGCUCAUUCACACUCAAACUCUCUACCAUGAAUUAUUGCUACCUGUUGUACACUUCAAAGCAUAAUACAAGACACUGUAUACACUGACAUUAGUGCCAUACUAUGGGAAAAUGGCAAAAUGUAUUUUCUCCACCAGACGUUUCCUGGCAAGUAUUUGAUGUCUCACAUAAUUUGAAAACAAAAAAAAAAUUCUAGCUACAAAUAAUGUUUUAAAAAAGUCUCAUUAUGUUUUUUUUUUGUAUUAUGAUCAAAUUUAAAUGUACUGUUCUAUAGAUUUAUUUUCAUUUAUGACAUUUUCAAAAUUGUAGAACUCAUUUUUUGAUGAUAAUAAUAAAAAAAAAAACAGUUGCCUUAACUGUACAUUUUUUUUUAUUUUGAGUUUUAUUUAGGUACUACAACAUAUCCCAACAUUUUUCACUGUUUGGUAGUAGCUUCAUAUUGUGAUAUAUGUACUUCCAUAGUUUGUAUCUUUUUGUGAGUAAACCAACUUUUAAUUGAACAAAAUAGUUGAGUGACUUCAAAGUGUGACACUGAGCAACUGUAGAACCAGAGGAGAGACUUGGCUGUGUUCAUUUUUGCAUUUUGUCUUGUCCUUAAGUUAAUUUAUUCUUGAAUGUUUUGACCAUGUCAAGAGACUAUAUACUAAUGUCAUGAGCGCUGUGUCUGUUUGAGUUCUAUAAGAUAGUGUGUUGGACUAAGACCAAAUAAAAUAUAUUCAACAGUGAA